AUGGCGGAUUUUGAUGAGUCCAAGACACUGGAGGAGAUGGAGUUCAAUCAUGUGCCAAUCUGGGUGCGUGUGUCGAACCUACCACUCGGGAUGAUGGAUGAGGAGACUGGGGCAAUCCUGGGAGAGAAGAUUGGAGUGUUCAAGGAGGUGGAUGUUGGAGAUGAUGGCCUGGCGGUGGGCAGGGUGUUAAGGAUCAAAGUGGUGAUCGAUAUUCGCAAGCCGCUUAUGCGCGGCAUCAUGAUCAAGGUGGGCAGCGAGGAGAGGGAGAAAUGGUGUUCCUUUGCAUACGAAUUCCUUCCGGACUUUUGCUACAUUUGUGGCUGUAUCGGCCAUAUUGAUAAGCACUGCGAAGUCCAGCUGGAGAAGGGUGAGGCUCAGCAGUUCUCUAGAAAUCUCCGCUACAUCCCGGAGAAAAAGAAGGGGGAGGGCUUUGAAGAGAGGAGGCUUGUGAGUGGUCGGUCGAGGGGCCUGUGGCAUGGUGGAAGCUCGGGGAGUAAAGGAUCCCAGGAUGCCCGCGGUGGUCGCUGGGCAUCGUCAGGAUCGGCCAGUGACGCUCUGACAUGGAAAAAGAAGGAAGGUGAUGGGGAGGAGAAAGGGGAAGAAGUCACUAGUCCCCCGAAAGCUCCUAGCAAUGUGAAGGACCGGGACAGUGGGGCAAAGAAGACCUUGUUAUCGGCGCUCUCUGACCCUAUGCCCGACCAGAAGGAGGCGAUGGCGCAUGGGGAUGCUGUCCACGUGAACAGUCCCAUGCACGAGAACAGUACAGCAGUGGGAGAUGAUUUGGGCGCUGGCGGGAGGUUGGAGGAAAAGGGGAGAGAUAACCGUCGCCGUUACAAGAAGCACCAACGUCGUGAGGUGACUCCUGGGGAGAAGGUGUCGGUGUCUCCAGGAAAAAGGAAGAGGGUGCAGACGGAGGUGGAGGAGAUGGAUGUCGAUAAGCAGAGGUUGCAAAAAGUAGGCAGGAAGGAGCAUGAGGUGAUGUUGUCCACUACAAAAGAAGCGGGGCCGACAAAUCGGUCCUGCGAGGACAAAUGA